AUGCAAUUCAAGAACGUCAUCGCCUUCGUUGCCGCCAUCGCUGCUGUUAACGCCGCUAACCGCACCUCUAACUCUACUGGUUCUUCCAACGGUACCGUUACUCCACCAGCUUCCAAUGGUUCUUUCAACGGUUCCAGCUCUGCUGUCACCACCAAGGUUUCCACUGGUGCCGCUCAAAUUAACACCUUGAACGCUGGUGUCUUUGGUGCCGCUGCUGCUGCUGUUGUUGCUUUCGCUUUAUAA